AUGUCACUCUUCUGUGAGCGGUUCAAAGUAAUAAAACACCCACUUCCCAUAAUCUUACUCCCCUCCUACAUCAUCCCGGAUAUCAUCCUCUUUGUGAAGUAUCCCGCCCCUUUUCCUGCUCCUCAAAGCCUCACCGGACACCUACCCAGCCUCUACCCAACCAUGUCAGCCUUGUCAAACCGCGGUGAAAUUACAAUCGGUAACCCUGAGGCAGCCCAAGAUCUUUACGGAUUGGGCGUGCGUGUGGGGUUCUAUUUACAAGGCCUAGGUAUGAUUCUCUACAACUAUGGCUCUGACGAGGUUGAGGAUAGCAAUACCACCGCCACUGGAGAUGGUGAAGAGCCCAAAAACGAAUAUGGCAAGGGUCUUACGAUAGCUGCGACCUCAAUCGCCCUCGCUAUUCUUGCAUCAUGGUUCGUAUUUGCAGCGCGUGCUAAAUUCAGUGCCGCGGAAAGCGUCAUCACAUUGUUGAUGGUGUUCAGCGUGUCACUGAUGGCAAAAUCGACACUGGACAAUGCUCGUGCGAUUGUCGGGGAGCUGACAGGCGUGGUGGCUAUCCUCCUGACAGAACUGGGGCUAUGCGCGGCGCUAUUGUGGACGUUCGCGGUGUUGGUGAAAAGGCUUCCACUGUUGGGCACGAAGAAUCUGGUGUUCUUUUUUGCACCGGUAAGGCUUGAUGGAUGGUUUAGGUACCUCGCGCUGGUGUACUUUGUAAUUGAUGCAGCCACAUCAUUGAGCUUUGCGUGGAAGGUUUUGCGGAUCAUGGUCAUCGUAUGCGAGUGCUGGAUUAAUGGGAGGACGGAGGAAAGGACUAAGAGGGACGUUUUGAAAAUAGAGAAUACCCUUGGGUGGAAAAAGAACGAGAUGGCCCCCUAUAUCCAUGCCAUGAGAUGGAUAACUUGGAUCUUGAUGGUAUUGGCAGUGGAACUCACGCUGCACUGGAAUCAGUUAUCGCCUACAACAGACCUCCUGGUCCCCGGCCAGCUGAUCCCGUUUGUCGCGGGAGUUAUUAUCCUAAUAGACAGUGGAAUCAUUGCUGGUCGUGCACUGGUUCCACGCUGCCAUAAGGCAAUAAGGUCGUCAAAAACGUGGAUACUGCGGACUUUGCAGAAUUUGCGGGGCUUGAGUUCUAGGGGAAUAGGCUCAUUCAAGAGGCAUAUAGCGGACCUAGCCAAUAAAAUUAAGGGGGCCGGUCAGACACAAGUCUAA